UCCUCACUCUCAACUGCGACAACCCUCCUCAGUCAUCUACUAGGCUCUCUGUCCUCAUCUGACAUUUCUGUGAACCACCAUGGGUAACAUCAUCUCCGCCAUUGCCAGAGGCAUCAACGCCGUCUUUCAAGCCAUAGUCAAUGUAUUGACCGCCAUCGUGUCCGGUAUCGCCAAUGUCUUCAUUGCCAUCUGGAACUUUAUCACCUGUGGCGCUUGUGGUGGACGUCGACGAGGAGGGAGAGGGACGGUCUAGUCGGGGUUCGCUGAAGAGGUAAGGACAGGAUGUCCAUGUUGAUAUUGACUCCCUCUUCUAAGCUACUCUUCUCCGCCGACAUGUCCCCUCAAGUCAUCCGAAUCGCCGUUCAUCCUUCGAAUCGACCACUCCCGACUCGCGAGAUACACGACACUUCACGCCUUCCGUCUACCCUAUAUAAUGUAGCCAUAGCUCUUAUGUCAUCUGAUGCAUAUGAUAGCAGAU